CAACCUUCCGCUUUGCCUCCACAGUCAGGUUACAAAACCAAAGCUGGUCUCCAAGCACACUCUGACGGUCAGGACUUCCAUUGUGUUGCGGCGAAUGGGGUUUGACAAGUUCUGCAGUCUGGACAAUUCCGAUCCAUUCUGGGAUUGGAACACUACAUGGUACACUGCAAACCCGGACCUCACUCAGUGUUUCCAGAACACUGUCCUGGUUUGGCUUCCAUGCCUCUACCUCUGGAUGUGUGCCCCCUUCUACCUCAUUUACCUCCGCAGCCAUGACCGGGGUUACAUAUGUAUGAGUCCCCUCAACAAAGCUAAAACUGCUGUUGGUCUUCUACUGUGGAUGAUCUGCUGGUCAGAUGUUUUUUAUUCUUUCUGGGAAAAAAAUCAUGGCAGCAGUUUACCCGCACCCGUCCACCUAGUCAGUCCAACUUUACUGGGCCUCACCAUGUUGUGUGCCACCCUUUUAAUCCAGUAUGAACGGAUGAAAGGGGUUCAGUCGUCUGGAGUAAUGCUGAUCUACUGGCUGCUAGCACUACUGUGUGCCACAGUCACCUUCAGGUCCAAAAUCCUCCAGGCCCUGGAUCAGCUACUGAUGGUGUGUGUGUGGCGGUACACCACUUUUUAUAGCUACUAUGCUCUGCUGUUGGUUGCUGUAUUCCUGUCCUGCCUGACAGACCAGCCACCCCUUUUCUCCCAGGCUGUUAAAGACUCGAACCCCUGCCCUGAGCCUGGAGCUUCUUUCCUCUCCAGAAUAACCUUCUGGUGGAUCACUAGGAUGAUGGUGAUGGGCUACAAGCGCCCCCUGGAGGAGAAGGACCUGUGGUCUCUGAACCCCGAGGACCGCUCCCAGAGAGUGGUUCCCCAGCUAGUGUGUCGCUGGAACACAGAAUGCCAGAAGAUCAAAAGGACAGAGCAGAAAACUUUGUACUCCACCAGGCAGGUCCCGCACAGUGAGAGCAAAGAGGGCCGAGCUGUGGAAGAGUCUGAAAUCUUGAUUGCAAAAACCCCCCAGAAAGCAAAGGAGCCCUCCCUGUUCUGGGCACUGUGCCUGACCUUCGGCCCCUACUUCCUCAUUUCCUGCCUCUAUAAGAUCAUCCAGGACAUCCUCAUGUUCGUUGGGCCUGAGAUCCUCCGGCUGCUGAUCCACUUUGUUAACAACUCCAAUGCCCCCUACUGGCAUGGCUACUUCUACACUGCUCUGCUCUUCAUAUGCACCUGUGUGCAGUCACUCAUCCUUCAGAAGUACUUUCACGUCUGCUUCGUCUCAGGCAUGCGUCUACGCACUGCCAUCAUUGGAGCUGUCUACAGGAAGGCCUUGGUUAUAAGCAAUGCAGCACGCCGCACCUCCACAGUGGGAGAGAUUGUCAACCUGAUGUCAGUGGAUGCUCAGCGCUUCAUGGACCUCAUCACUUACAUCAACAUGAUAUGGUCUGCCCCCCUGCAGGUGGUGCUGGCCCUCUAUUUUCUCUGGCAGAACCUGGGUCCGUCCGUGCUGGCUGGAGUGGCUGUGAUGGUCCUGAUGGUUCCUGUUAAUGCUGUAAUCGCCAUGAAAACCAAAACUUACCAGCAGGUGGCUCAGAUGAAGAGUAAGGAUAAUCGCAUUAAGCUGAUGAAUGAGAUGCUUAAUGGCAUUAAGGUGCUGAAGCUGUAUGCCUGGGAACUGGCUUUCAAGGACAAGGUGUCAGAAAUCCGUGAGAGUGAGCUGCGAGUCCUAAAGAAAGCUGCCUACCUGGGUGCAAUGUCCACCUUCACCUGGGUCUGUGCACCUUUCCUGGUCGCCCUGUCCACUUUCACUGUGUACGUGGUGAUCGACGAACAUAAUGUACUCGAUGCCCAGAAGGCCUUUGUGUCACUGGCACUCUUCAACAUCCUGCGUUUUCCUCUCAACAUGCUGCCAAUGGUCAUCAGUAGUAUGGUGCAGGCCAGUGUGUCUUUGAAGAGGCUGAGAGUGUUUCUAUCGCACGAGGAGCUGCAGGAACACAGUGUGGAGCACAAAGCAGUAGUAGGCUCCCCGCACAGUAUCUCCAUAGUGGAUGGAGUUUUCAGCUGGUCCAGAACUGAAUCACCGACUCUAACGAGGCUGAAUAUGUGUAUCCCAGAAGGCUCUCUGGUGGCUGUAGUGGGACACGUGGGUUCAGGAAAGUCCUCGCUGCUGUCCGCCCUGCUCGGAGAGAUGGACAAACUAGAGGGAACCGUGGCUGUCAAGGGUUCGGUGGCCUAUGUUCCCCAGCAGGCCUGGAUCCAGAAUUCCACUCUGAGACACAACAUAGUGUUCGGUCAGGAGAGGAGAGAGGCUUGGUAUCAUCGUGUGGUGGAAGCAUGUGCCCUUCCGCCUGACCUGGAGAUCCUUCCUGCUGGAGAUGAGACAGAAAUUGGAGAGAAGGGAGUGAAUCUGUCCGGAGGUCAGAAGCAGAGGGUGAGCCUGGCCAGGGCUGUCUACUGUGACCGGGCUGUCUACCUGCUGGAUGAUCCGCUGUCUGCUGUUGAUGCUCAUGUAGGAAAACACAUUUUUGAUCAAGUCAUUGGCCCACAGGGACUGCUGAAGGACAAGACUCGUGUGCUGGUGACCCAUGGGCUAAGCUACCUACCCCAGGUCAACCUGAUCCUGGUGAUGGUGGAGGGAGAGGUCACAGAGAUGGGCUCCUACCAGCAGCUCAUGGCCACAGAUGGAGCCUUUGCUGAGUUCCUGCGAACAUACACUGCUGUCGACCACACUGCCAACAAUGAAUCUGUGCCAAAGAGUGGAACCAAAGGAACAGAGAAUGGCAGUGCAACUGCUCUUGUUGGCAGAACUCAAGGUGUCAGCAGUGUCUCCAAGCUGUCCCAGGUGGGCAAGGAGGGCAUGGAGCUGAGCAAGAAGGCCAAGAACCCUGACGUGGGCAAGCUGACAGAGGCUGACAAGGCCAGCAUGGGACAGGUCAAGCUGUCUGUAUUCUGGGCCUAUUUGAAAGCCAUCGGGGUGCUUCUGUCCUGCAUCAGUCUGCUGCUGUUCCUUGCCCAUCACCUAGUCUCCCUCUUGUCCAACUACUGGCUGAGCCUGUGGACCGACGACCCCAUGGUUAAUGGCACUCAGCCUGAUAGACUGAUGAGACUAGGGGUGUAUGGUGCUCUUGGCCUAUCCCAGGGUGUAGCAGUCUUUGGUUACUCCCUCUCCAUGUCCAUCGGGGGCAUCCUGGCGUCACGGUUCCUGCACCGGUCCAUGCUGUAUGAUGUCCUACGCUCACCUAUGUCCUUCUUUGAGCGAACCCCCAGUGGCAACCUGGUCAACCGCUUUGCCAAGGAGAUUGACACCAUUGACUCAGUGAUCCCCAGCAUUAUUAAGAUGUUCAUGGGCUCUAUGUUCAAUGUGUUGGGUGCUUGUGUUAUCAUCCUUAUUGCUACACCGCUGGUAGCUAUCAUCAUUCCUGUUCUCGGUUUUCUCUACUUUUUUGUGCAGAGGUUUUAUGUGGCAUCAUCUCGUCAGCUGAAGCGUCUGGAGUCAGUCAGUCGUUCACCCAUCUACACCCACUUCAACGAAACACUGCUGGGCACCUCCGUCAUCCGAGCCUUUGGUGAACAGGAUCGCUUCAUCUGUGAGAGUGACAAGCGGGUGGACCACAACCAGAAGGCUUACUACCCCAGUAUAGUGGCAAACAGGUGGUUGGCAGUCCGCCUGGAGUUUGUAGGAAACUGCAUCGUGUCAUUUGCUGCUUUGUUUGCUGUCAUAGCUCGAGAGAGCCUCAGUCCAGGCAUCAUGGGCCUAUCUAUCUCUUAUGCCCUCCAGCUGACUGCCUCUCUGACCUGGCUGGUGAGGAUGUCCUCUGAUGUGGAGACCAACAUAGUGGCUGUGGAGAAAGUGACAGAGUACAGUGAAACAGAGAAAGAGGCAGAGUGGAAACACGAGCCCUCCAGCCUUCCCCAAGGGUGGCCAUCCAACGGCUGCAUAGACAUCAGAGGCUUUGGCCUGCGCUACCGCCAUGAUCUGGACCUGGCCAUUCGCAACAUCACCAUCAGCAUUAACGGAGGAGAGAAGGUGGGGAUUGUUGGGCGCACUGGAGCAGGGAAGUCAUCCCUAACGCUGGGGCUGUUCCGGAUCAUCGAGGGAGCCGAGGGCCACAUCUUUAUUGAUGGGGUAGACAUUGCUGAACUGGGCCUCCAUGAGCUCCGCUCCAGAAUCACCAUCAUUCCACAGGACCCAGUUCUGUUUUCUGGCUCUCUGAGGAUGAACCUGGAUCCUUUUGACAAAUACUCUGAUGAGGAAAUAUGGCGGGCUCUGGAGUUCUCCCAUCUCAAGAACUUUGUGUCCGGCCUGCCCGACAAACUCAGUCAUGAGUGUAGUGAAGGAGGAGAGAACCUCAGUGUGGGUCAGCGGCAGCUGCUGUGCCUGGCCAGAGCUCUGCUAAGGAAGACCAAGAUCCUGGUUCUAGACGAGGCCACAGCAGCUGUGGAUAUGGAGACAGACAAUCUGAUCCAGUCCACCAUCCGCUCUCAGUUUGAGGACUGCACCGUCCUGACAAUAGCUCAUCGCCUUAACACCAUCAUGGAUUACACCAGGGUCCUGGUGUUGGACAAGGGAGAGAUGGCAGAGUUUGACUCCCCCUCUAAUCUCAUCGCUCAAAGAGGAGCCUUUUACAGGAUGGCCAAGGACGCUGGGCUGGUCUGAAGUGGGAGCUGUCUCACUUUGUCCAGCUGCUACUCUGAGCCACUCCCAGCUCUUUUGGCUCCUGAAAUGGAGGUCCAGAGUUAGAGUGAGAGGGAGUUAAAGUAGGAACUUGUUUGAUCAUUCAAGCAAGGGUGCUGAUGAGAACAAGGGAUUUGGUUUUACCUGCUCCACCCUAAACUUCCAUCCUCAUUGAACUACAGAUUUCUUCCUGUUAGCCCAGAUCAUGUCUAUGUACCCUGGUUUCUUCCUGUCCCUUCAUGGUCUUUCACUACUGUUUCUGCCAUGGAAGUUCUAACAAAGGAUGUAGAACUUGGCUUUUAAUUUGACAGAGUAAUGUACCAGUGAUGGAACAGUGUCUCGUGAACAGUGUACUUCUGGUUGUGGUAGCCAGAGCUGAGGUCAGUAGAGGACAAAAAGACUGUUGUCUGGUAAGUAUGAAAUCAUUAGUGCUAAAUACUUCCCUCAGAUAGACCAGUUGUUUUGAAGGGCAAGUUUGAGAAGACAGUGGGAGACGCUGCUCCCACAGACAACACAUAAAGUGGACUUCUGACUGUUCCUAUUGUCCUCACAAACAGAACAACAAAUAUUAAGUGAGAUUAAGUGAAUUAAGUUAAAUUCUUGCCUCACACCUGCUUUGUCCUAAUUCCAUAGUUCAUACUAGUUACAGUUAAUACUGUUCUCUUUACUAACUUAUGUAGUUUGCUGUUUGUUACCGUUAAUGUUUAAGAAAUCAAAAAUACUUUACAGGAAAUUAUGCAGUAUGCAGAUGGUACUCAGUUUAAAGGGAAAGGCUGGCAGUAUUGUAACAUUCUAAAUAUCCCCAGACCUAUCUGUAAAGCCAAAUGGACUCAGAUUCUGCUUUACUUUAGUAAGGAGUCUGAAACUGAGACACACCUAAUCUUUUGAGGUUGUAGCUAGCUAAGCUAGCUGAUGCAAGACAGUUCAUUUGGUUUGUUUAGCUGAAUGUAAGAUCAUCAGGAAUGAUUCUUCUGAGAGACGAGUGUUGUUUCCCACUUUCAGUUUUACUUUCAGAGCAUCAUGAGGAGGGGGUGGAAUUGUUUGGAACAACAGCAGGUGUCCCAGCUGAUUGGUCAGAAACAUCAGCAACACUGGUGAUGUCAAAGGCCAUAUAAAAAUCCCAGGCCACAUAUAAACCACAAUAAAUCUACAAAACGUACAAACUGUAGGAAUCUGUCAGACAGAUCACAUUUGACUGUUACUUUACAUGCAGCAUUGAUUAUUUAUUGUGCAUUUGUGUUCAGCAGCAGCUAAAUUGUGUUCAUUCAAGCUGCUGGUUCAGUCAGAGGUUCCACUCAGGUAGUAAAUCCUUUGGAGCGGAAGUGUUUUGAGUACACAAAACAAUACCUUGUUGUUACAGUAAGUAUGCAGUUUCAACAAAAUGAUUUAGAGUGUUACAAGGCAACUAUUAGACUUUCUGUUCUCUUUGGUGUGCAGCCUUGGCUGUAUGCAGAUGAACUCUAAUGAGGUCACACAGUACUGAGCAUUAACAAAAUGGACAUUGUAAUCUUUCCUGCUUCACUUUGUUAAAUGUAGACAUUACAUAUCUCUUAAUUGUUUACAGCCAAUAAGUCAUGCUUCACACAAACAAAUGUGUGCAAAGUCUCACUUGAGCUCUGACAACAGUUUUCAAAAUGAUUUGACCAGUUAUAUUUAUUUGCAUUGCUGUAUUUCUGUUAGCAAGUUGCUGUGUUAUCUUAUUGAAUAAAGCAGAAAUGUAGAAAUUAAAUGCAUGUGUUCUGAUGAACACCAAUAUUAUAACCCAGUAAGAGUAAUAAUUUGUAGUUACUAUCUAGUGUUUAGGCAAACAUUCAUCAUACAAAGAACUCUGAGUACACUUGCCUACAAGUGGCAAGUUAUUUUUUGUCUGUUGUUAUUCUUCACAGAGGAGGCAAGAUAUACAUGCAAGGAGUUGUAUAAACCUCUUUAUAAAGACAUUAGUGCUUUGCUUUGCCGUCAUCAACCACAACUACACAAGUGUCGUCAUGUUUCUACCAGAAAUGCUCUCUUGUGGGAUAGAUAACCUGUACAUACAAAAAAACAUUUAGUGUGCACAGGAAACUGUAGUUUAAAGAGCGCAACACAAAGUUUGUAGUGCACAUUGUUUCUAAUGGGCACUAGAAACAUUGUGGAUAUUUUUUGUGCAUGUAACUUCAGGGGCUCUGAAGGUAUUUUAAUCAGUUUAGUUAAAGUGAAAAACGAUUCGGAAAUUAAUUUUCCAAGCACUACCUAUUGGUAACACCUUCCAUGCAAGCUGUUAAUAGUAUGAAAAUACAGGAAUAUUUAGGCUGAUGAGGUCAUUCACCAUUAAUAUCACGUGUUACCAGCAAACUCUCCAAACUUAACAUACUGAUGUUGCAUGGGAUGUGUUUGUUUUUUCUUUGUGGAACUGCAGAAGAUGUAUUACUUAAGAUUAGGGCCAAAUGAAAAAUUAAGAGUUAUGCAUUCAGAGAAAAGACAGAUUUGUUUAGAUUAAGAUUGGAAUGAAAAAAAAAAGUCAAUUUCAAAAUUGAAGUUGAAACAUGCAGAUCUAUGGAGGACAUUUAUUUUGAUUUGUUUUUUUUCUCAAAAUACAGAUUCAACUCCAAUGACUCAAAAGUGUCUUUCACAUGCCCCUAAUCCUCCUGUAGAAAGUUUGACGUAAUAUUCACAGAUAGUGGCAUAUUGUGUGUGAGUUCAUUGCCAUAAAUAGUCUGUUCCUCUGGGGACAGAACAGUAUGGAUUCCUGUGUCAGUGCUGGUCAGUCUGGUUGGUUAGUGUGAGGGUACCGGAUGGUAGGACCUAUGUUACCACGUCAUCAUUAUGGCUCGACUUUAACAUCAGUAUACCCAUGUAUAUGCAGCUGUGGGACAUUAGGGCUAAACCAAGACUCUCUUCUCUGUUGAAAAGCUGAUUGUAGCUACUGCCAGUGUUCUUUGGGAACAUUGUCUUUGCUGUAAAAGUUCUGCUUUAGGUAGAAAUUAGUUUGAAAAGCAGUUGUCUCAGUACAUGAUGAAAAGCAUCUGGAGAUUGAAUAAAGCAUAUUUGUGUUACAUAUUUAUGAUUAGAAAGUGAACAUUUUAUGUUUUAUCUAUACACUUCUUUGUUUGUGUAAUCAGUUUUAAAAUAAAACCAAAUUAAUAUCUAAAAACAAUAAUCGUAUUUUUUUGUUAAUUUUCUGGUAAGAUUUCACUUUUCUAUAACAUUAAAUUAGCAGAUAAAAUUCCAUUUUAAAAUCUUUAAAAUAUUGACACACCAGGUCAGAUGACAGCAAGCGGAUAUUCAGUUUGCUAAACUAAACAUACCUAAAUAGUAUUUAGUUCUAAUCAUUUCAUUUUUAGAUGGUAUAUUUCUAACAUCUUAAAAUUAAAGAGAGCCUUCUUUUAAGUAGACCAAUAACAUAAUGGAAACUAAAGCCUGAAACAGAAAACAAAUAAGUCAUGAAGUGGAAUAGGAAAGGCCAAUGGCAGAACAAAGUCAAAUUUAAAAUCCUUUUUAAAAUGGAUUUGCAAUUCCAUGUUAAAAACCAAUCAUUAGAUCAUCAUCAAAAGAAGGAAUACAGAAAAUGGCAAAUUUAAUGAUCAUUUAUUAUGUUUCCACUUUGUGUUUGUUAAUGCAUUAUGUGCCAGCAACAUCAAGACCACCUCUAAGAAUCUUGGUGUUCUUUCUGACCAGCAUUUGAACUUUUAACCUCAUAUUACCAAGCUCAUUCAGUUUUGUUUCUUUCAGUUGAGAAAUAUUGCCGAAAUCAAACCUAUACUAUCAGCCAAAAACUUGGAAUUUUAGCACAUAACUUAAUCUUUUCUCAUUUAGAUUACUGCAACUCCCUCUUUUCUUGCAUUACUCAGUCCUCUCUAGCCCAUCAACAGCUGGUCCAAAAUGCUGCAGCUAGGCUGUUAACAAAAAGUAGCUGUUGGUCCCACAUCACCCAAAUCGUUGCCUUCCUUUAUUGAGUUCCAGUAAUAUAUAGAAUUGAUUUUAAAAAUUGUAUUAAUUACUUACAAGGCCCUACAUGGCCUGGCCCCUGCUUAUAUAGCAGAGAUGUUGAGCCUUUAUUCUAGUGGUUGGCCUCUCCAAUCAUCUGAUCAAGGCCUUUUAUCUGUUCCCUGUUCCUAUUUAAAAUCCAGAGGUGACCAUGCUUUUGAGUUUGUAGCUCCCAAACUCUGGAAAUCUGUUUAAUCUGUUUGUUUUUUUAAAGUCUGCUGAAAACUCUCUAUGGGUCAGCCUUUUUCGUAAAUAGUAUAUAUUUCCCCUUAGUUUUGGUUGAUUUUGGAUAUGUGCUUU